AUGAUGCCUUGUUGCUUUUGUUUUGCACCCGGUCGGAAAAAGAACCUCACAAACAAGUCUGAUAAUAAAUCCAAACUUGACAAGUCUGAUAAGAUGAUACCCAAACUUGACAAGUCAUCCUCGUCGUCAUCUUCUGAAAGAGCUUUAGAAACCGUGAGAGAUGCUGCUGAAUACAGAUGUCGGAUUUUCUCAUUUCAAGAACUCGCCACAGCGACGAAAAACUUCAGGGAUACCUCUAUGAUUGGAAGAGGUGGAUUCGGACCUGUGUAUCAAGGAAGGCUAGACACUGGAGAGAAAGUAGCUGUUAAAAUGCUUGACAAUUCUGGUCCUCAAGGAGACAAAGAGUUUCUUGUGGAAGUCCUAAUGCUAUCGUACUUGCACCACGAAAACCUCGUGCACUUGUUUGGUUAUUGUGCUGAAGGCGACCAGAGGCUCCUUGUCUAUGAAUAUAUGCCUCUUGGAUCUGUAGAAGAUCACAUCCAUGAUCUCAAAGAUGAUCAAGAGGGUUUAGACUGGAUCACGAGGAUAAAGAUAGCUAGAGGAGCGGCUAAAGGGCUAGCGUAUCUUCACAAUGAAGCAGAAAAUCCUGUGAUAUACAGAGAUUUGAAAGCUUCCAACAUAUUGCUAGACGAUGAGUACAACGCAAAGCUCUCUGAUUUUGGUCUUGCUAAGUUUGGUCCGAGUAAAGAUAUGUCUCAUGUCUCUACUAGAGUUAUGGGAACUCAUGGUUAUUGUGCACCAGAGUAUGCCUACAGCGGGAAGUUGACUGCGAAAUCUGAUAUCUAUAGCUUUGGAGUUGUGCUGUUGGAACUUAUCUCUGGACGCAAAGCUCUCAUGGACUCAUGCGACUGCACUGAUACGUCGAGUCGCUAUCUUGUGCAUUGGGUAACGCUCUGA